GGGUGGGUGGGAGAGAGCCCCGGCGCUCCGCCGCUCACCUGGUGCGGGGGUCCCGCACUGCCCUCUAGGGAGAGCGGGGCUGCGGCCGCCGGACCCGGGGAGCACAAAGGUGAGCGGCCCCCCCUAGAACCGAGAGCUGCCCGGCGGUCGAGGGGUGUGCAUCGCCCGCUGCUCGCCUUGUAAGGCUGCUACGUGGUUUGGGAUUUGGGUCGGUUUUUUUUUUUUUUUAAAAAAAAAAAACUUGUUAUUUUUGGCAUGGCAUCUGCAAGUCGCCACCGGAGGGAGGGGGGCAAAGGGAGGAGGAGAGCGGCAUCGCAGAGCUGGAAUUCUUUGGAGUUGGGCAUUAUAUAAUGCCCCGCAGUGCCUUGCGGAGCUGGGAACCUUGGGGGGAUAUUCUUGAGGGGAGGCGGAGGGAAGGGCUCUCGCAAGGAACUUUUCUUCAGUUCGGUUUUUUUCUUCUUUCUUUCCUGUGGAGCUUUGCAUUUUCCUACCCAGACGCACACUGUAGCCCUGGCUGCACUCGUUGUCCCCGGCUGUGUCCCCCUGUGCCAGCCCUGACCGAGCUCUGCAUGUCCCACUGCACGGGGCCGAGCAAUCUGCUGCAGGGAGGGACACCCUCUCUGACCCUUUCAUCUCCCAUCCCGCUUGCAUUGUCAGGGGCUGAAAAAUGGGUCUCCAUCCUAUGCAGUAAGGUAUCUCCCAAGCCCCACCUCUGCUCCUGCUGUUUCGUCCCAUCCAUUACUGAUUCCUUUAUAUCUGGACCGAGGCUUUCUGUUUUAAGACUGAAGAGCUCUGCAGAAAUCUCCGGAGGCACUCUGAACCUAUGUUUAGUUCCGUGAGUGAUGCAGAAAAGCUGUCUCUUUGCAGGCGGGGUCCGUUUGUGUGUGGCUGCAUGCUCGGGCUAUGCCAGGCUGGAUGGAAGGGGAUGCCUGUGGGCACGCUCUGGAGUUGCUAUGCACAGCUGUAUAUACAGGGUGCUCCCUGCCACCACCGUUAUGCAGUGCAGGAUGGCGCUGAGUGCGUGCGGUCAGUGCGUGCCUGGGAGCUGGCACCCCAAAGCUGACUGAUACAGAAAAAGAGGUGCUGGGGAGGAUGGGGUGCUGCUGGAGCACUAGGUGAAAUGGGAGGGCACAAAUUCACCUAGAGGUUUGGGAUGCGGUUGGGCUAGAUGACCUCAGUGGUCUUUUCCUACUGUAAUGGUUCUUAGAUACCCUUGUGGACCACACAUUGUUCGCGUUGCUUGACCUUGCAUUAUAGCUGUCUUAAGAGCAUGCAGUACCCAGGCUAGGAUUGCAGGGUUUGCACCGCAUAGUGAUGCACUGAUGUUGAGGGAGAUGCACGUGUGAGAAAACCCCAUCAGUAAGGGAGGAGAGCUUGGGCUUCCCCUGGCUGGGGCUCUGGGGAUGAUGAUGAUGCUCACUUAGAUGAGCACCGCAGUGCUGGGCUGCAUGGGGGACCGUGGCAUCUCCAGGGCGAUGUCCCCAUCCACAGCUUGCUGCAGUGGCGUGGCCUCAUUCACAGCUUGUGAACUUGCUUCCUUGGGGCUCCAUUUAGCUUAUGAAAAGUCCACGCUGCUGGUGCCUGAAGCUGCUGAAUGAAUUCGGCAUUGCUGUAGCAGUGCCUUGCUCUGCUUGGUUCCAUCUCCAGACGCCGCUGUCUGCCUUGUCUGUUGCUUUUUAGGGAGCAGCUUGCCCGUUUCCUUUGGAAAUGUGGGAGAUGAGCUCCUGUAUAGGCACGAGGGGAUGGUGAGACAAAGUAGAUGGUAGCGUGUGGGGUGAGGAGAAUGGAAAUAGCGAUAGAUGGGAGGUGCUGGAAGGGAAAAAGAGGAAACCUAAAUAGCUAAUGAGAGCAAGAGCUCAGAUUCAUUAACAGAAAGCGCCCUUCUCUGAUCCCCCCCCCUUAAUCCUAAAUCGGUGAAAAUGAGUGUUAAACGGAGCCCAGUACAACAUGUGCUAAUUGCAGAUGAAAGAGAAACUCUUGGGUGGAUGGGAAUUCCACGUUUAAGGGCUUUUUCUCCUUGUGGUGCAUGGCGAGGCUGCUGGCUUGCGCGGAGCACAAAGCCCUCCCUUUCUUGGACAGCCCAGUGCCGUGCUGGCGUUUUCCUCCGAAUCUGUUUCCCAUCAGAGCUGGGAGAGGGGGAAGGUGUUGAGCAUCUCAGGGGGCGGGAGGGGAGCUCUGCCUCUGUCGGGAGUCCCGCAGCCCAUGUGGCAGCGCUGCACGCAGGGCCGUGUGCCUUUGUAAUGAAUCACCCCGCCAUUGUCUGCUCCCCUCCCUUCUGCCGCGAUGGAGCUUUCACCUGGGCUGCUGCCUGCGCGCGGGCCUUCUUCCAAGCUGGGAAGAGGAGGAGGAGGAGGAAGGGCUACUCGCCGUAAUUAAAGCCAGAGCAGGGCAAGCUGCUAUUUUCAGCCUGCAGCACCCCGGUUUCCCUCCUUCUCCUCCUUGAGUGGCUGCCUUUUGAUGUGGGUGUAGGCAGGAACAUCUGAAGGUCCCCUUUUGUGAGGUUGUGGGAUCACUGGGCUCCAUUUUGCAGCACCAUCCGAGGUGCCUUCGCCGCUGGCGUGCCCCCUCCUGUCCCCCAGCACCCCUCAGCGGCUGCAGCCAGAGCCGUUUAUCUUGGCACGUGUUUCGCUCGCUGUGCUCUGCCCAGGGCUCAGGGAGGUGAUGGCGUUUGUGGCUUUGAGACUAAUUUAUGUCCUUGUUAAAACGAACCAGCGAGCAGCCUCAUUUUUUCCAGAGGUUUUCAUCCCUUCCCCCUUCCAUAACCCUUUCCCUCCCAGACCCCGUGUGCAGCUGGAGACAACCUUGCACGGCCCAAAGUUGCUCACUCAGCCAAUAAUUUAAAAAAAAAAAAAAAGGAAAAAAAAAAAAAGGCAGAGCUCCAUAAAUGGAGAUCUUAUUUAAAUCAGAGCGGCAGCUGACUCAUUAAAGGCCUCUCUGUCUCCUUUUCUUUACUCUGCCUCGUUCUCUUCCCCUAUCUCUCCCUACCUCCCGUUACAGCAGUCUGUGCUCAUGCUGGGCUCAGGCAGUGAGGGUGGAUUUGGGGACCAGAGGCGAUGCCCAUCAUGACGGCCACCUUGCAAACGUGCAAAGCAUCCUGUUGUAGGAGAGCAUCCUCCUUUGUUUGAACUGUCUGCAGGGGAGCCUGAGUGCCUCUCCUCCUGUCCCCGUAUCGCUGCUUUGGGAUCUCCUUCCCUCUGGCAAGCUGGAUGCUCCAGCAUCUCUUCCUUCCCCCUUCCCCCACCCUUCCCCCCGAAAAAGGGGGGUGGUGGUGAAGAAAGAGCUUUUUCCAUGCAUUGAGGGAUUCUCUAGGGAGCUACCGCUAUUCCCCAGCCCUUUUCCUUGCUUGGAGGAUGGCAGCCCCCUCUCCCUCAGCUUAUUUGCUAUUUGCUCCUUGGUUUGGUGUCCCCCCCCUGCAUGAGCUGUCUGAAGGGGAUUGCUCUUGUAUCCCACGGCCUCAUGCUCUUUUUCUUUCAUUGCCGUUCUGAACGUGGUGCUUGUUUAUGCGUUACCUGACUUUCUGCCUCUGUGUACCCCCUAGUUCUUGCCUCCCUUCUGCUGUUUGUCGUAGGACCUCGGUUUAGCGCUGCGGGCACCAUGUCAGCAGCAGAGGUUUGUGUGAGAGGAGUCCUGGCCAGGCCCUUUUCCAGGAGAAUCUCCCCCGGAGAUUGAAGGAUGGACCUGCAGCUCGCUUGCCCUGAUGGUAACCAGGAGCCAGCAGCAACUCCUGAUGCAAUGGUGCAGCCAUUCACCACAAUCCCAUUUCCGCCACCCCCACAGAACGGGAUUCCCACAGAGUACGGGGUGCCACACACUCAGGACUAUGCAGGCCAGACCAGCGAGCACAAUCUGACGCUCUAUGGGAGCACGCAGCCGCACGGCGAGCAGAGCACGACCACAGCCAGCACGCAGAAUGGAUCUCUCGCACAGACAGAAGGAGGGGCACAGACAGAUGGACAGCAAUCACAGACACAGAGCAGUGAGAACACCGAGAGCAAAUCCACUCCAAAACGACUUCAUGUGUCUAACAUUCCCUUCCGCUUUCGAGAUCCUGACCUUCGACAGAUGUUUGGGCAAUUUGGCAAAAUCCUUGAUGUAGAGAUAAUCUUUAAUGAGCGCGGCUCCAAGGGAUUCGGGUUCGUAACUUUCGAGAAUAGUGCUGAUGCAGACAGGGCCAGGGAGAAAUUACACGGCACCGUGGUAGAGGGCCGUAAAAUCGAGGUUAACAACGCCACAGCACGAGUGAUGACCAAUAAGAAGAUGGUCACGCCAUAUGCAAAUGGUUGGAAGUUGAGUCCUGUGGUUGGAGCGGUGUACGGCCCUGAGUUAUAUGCAGCGUCCAGCUUUCAAGCAGAUGUCUCGCUGGGCAAUGACGCCGCAGUGCCCCUGUCAGGAAGGGGGGGUAUUAACACUUACAUUCCUUUAAUCAUUCCAGGCUUCCCCUAUCCAACUGCAGCCACCACAGCAGCCGCGUUUCGGGGAGCCCACCUGAGGGGCCGAGGAAGGACGGUUUAUGGGGCAGUCCGGGCUGUACCUCCUACGGCCAUCCCUGCCUACCCAGGUGUGGUUUACCAGGACGGAUUUUACGGUGCUGACCUCUAUGGUGGAUACGCAGCCUACAGAUAUGCACAGCCUGCUACUGCAACAGCAGCCACGGCCGCUGCAGCCGCUGCAGCAGCUUACAGCGAUGGGUAUGUAAGGGGCAGGCAACCACGGGGCUGGCUUGCUGUGCUCAGAGAUCUGAGGAGCUGUGAUCCAUUACAGUUCUUCUCUACUUCUUUCCCCAUUUCUUUGUCUUACUUGCACUCGCACACAUGCAUGCACUGCCCAUCGUGAAGGAUGAGUGCACGACUUGUCUCUGCUCCCAGGCAGCAUUGCCCUCUGGUGUGUGUGAGCCGGCACGAAUCCUGGCCCCUUCCUUAGCCUGGGGACUCCUUGUGCAAAGGAGGAGGUGUGGUCAUGGCUCAAGGUUGAAAGCCCUGGUUGGCAUUGCUGGCUCCUUGCUCUCUGACUCUGAGCAGGUUGCUCCAUCACUGCGUGCAUUUCUCUCCCCAUCCAGAACUUAAAAAUUUCUCAGCUCAUAUGGCAUAGGGUGCUUUAACAUGCAGCUCCGUAUAAAUGCAAAGGAUGAUCAUCAUCAGAGUGCUCACCAUCAGAUUUUUCAUCUCCUGUGCAGUGAGGCUGUGUUUUAAUCUUAGCACACGUGAGAGCAUUGAAGUUCAUGCUCCCUUCUCAUUCUGGAGAGCCCCACACUACUUUCCAUUCAGCAGCUGGUAUUGUGCCAGUAGCACCGGCUUUGGGGGCUCACCCUCCUCCCCUACCACAUCAUUCGAGGCGAGGGCUGCAGUAGUUGCCACGUGCAAGGUGCUGACCUCUUUCCUACAGGUUGAGCUCCUGGUGCUGCCACGUCCCUCCUCGCAGGCCUGUCUCUCGCCCAUCUCAUACCGUGCAUGGCGGCAUGCCCGUAGGCUCUCUUCCAAGAGGGGCAGCCCAUGUGCAUGUGUGUGCAUGUAUGCAUACAUGUGUGUAGAAGGGCAUGCUGCUUCUUCCAUUGCCUGUGGUCAGAUAGCUGUUUCUCUGCCCCUCCAAAGUGACUCUCUUUCUCUUUUUUUGUAUGUUUUCUCCC